UUGACAUGUUUCUUUCCUUUAGCAUGAAUGGUGGUGUAUCAGAAGCCUUUGUGAUGAACAGUAAUUUAGUACCAAUACGUCAAAACUUUGCUAUCCGGAAGCCUUUUUCACAGUUUCUGAAAAGGAGGAAGGAAGACAGUUUGAAGCGAUCAGACUGUAAUUCUGAUAAUCCGAAUACCACAUCUCCCAUCGAUCGGGAAAUCGUUUUUGAUAUUAUCAUGACCACAAUCGAUAUGGACUGUUAGUUGCAUUUGCUUUAU